AUGAACAAGAAUGGCUGUGUCUGCCAGUAUUACUCCAGUAAUUUCAAGAAUGGAAAUGACAGCUACCCUUAUCUCCUUCCUAAAGACAGAAAAAAUUCCCUGGCUGUGCUUCAUGCCAUCGCUCCUAGUCACAUCCCCUGGUCCAGCCAUCUCCCUCCAGGGAGGUUAAGCCCUCCCUGGGCAUUGUUUGGCCAGGGUUCCUAUUUACACCACUCAGAUCGCCUCCACCAUCCCAGCGCUUUGGUCUCGGUAAGCCGGGUGGCUGAAAAGGAAACGCUAAGACAGGACCUGAUCUCGGGGACCUCCUCGAAAACCCCUCUUCCUAACUGGGGUAAGCAAAGAAGGAAGCCGGCCUCCGCUCGGGUGGACUCCUCAGUGGUGAGAGGCGUCCCUUCAGCCGGUGUCGGAGAAAGGUGGCCAUUUGAGCGUUUCGCUUCGCAUCAAAAAGCCCUACCAGAGCGAGGGGCCUCCUCCGGCCCCAGGUUCCGCCGUGUCAGGUGCGGCCCGCCGCUCCCAAACCUCGGGGUACCGGCGGCGGCCACGGUGCACAGGCCGCCGGGCAGAGACAGCUCCCCGCCCCACCUCUGGGGACCCGGCAGCCGGGCCAGGGCCCCAGCCGCAUCUUGUCCGCCCCCGCCCUACCUGAGGGGCCCGGGCGGGGUCGCUAAGGGCCGCUCCCGGGGGCCCCGCGACGGCGCGGCUCGGCGACGGAGGCGCCUCGUCUCGCCGGGGCAGAGCUCGGCGGCGGUUUCAGGGCCUCAAACUCCAUCGGGAGCUACAGGGACAGCCCCGUUGGCGGCGGCGAAGGCCGCGACGGGGCCUCCUCCUCCUCCCUCCCUCCGCCUCCUCCUCCUCCUCCUCCUUCUCCUCCUCCUCCUCCUCACCACGGAGGCGGACCUGGAGGGAUCCCGAUUUAGCUCUCGCGAGAAGAUACUGUUCACUUCACGCGAGAUUACGCAAGCCCGGGAGUUGGGUUGGAAGGGAAGCGUAGUGGCCGCGCCACCUAAACUGCGCAUCAGUUUCCCUCUGAAGAAGAAAGCCACCUUCGUCACAUGACAAGGGAACCCCAGAGUACUGUGGGAGAUGAUGCGAGGACUAGGCAAGACGAAGGGCCUUAUGGGAAACUCCCUGUACAUCUAAGCCUCGAGCCAGACCAGCUGGAUCGAGCCAACGUUAAAAUUAUCAUCCAUAGAUACAUCUAUGUUACAUCCUACUUUACUCUCUUGUAGUGAGAUAGUAACCAGAUUAGCAAAUAAUUCUCCAGUUUACAAAGAUCAGGAUCAAAGUGAAAACGUUUGGCAAACCCACCUACGUCAUCUAAAAUCCCAAAUGCCUCAAAGGAGGAAAAGAUGAGAAUUUACAAGUUUUGGAAUUGUAACUCAAUUUUUUAGAGGACUUAUGGCAAACUGUAAGGGAAAUACAUGCCUGCGUUGGAUGAGGUACAGGGCUGUGGAAACUGCCCGUUUUCUAUAUCAUCUGUAUGGAUGGAUUCCACAUGAAGGAUACAAAUUUCAUUCUCUUUAAAGCCACCAUCUACUGUUGAGAGCUCUGGUGACUUCACUCCCCUUCGCUCUGAUGUCAGUGUCUCUGCAGCAGAUUGUAAUGCAUCGCCUUCCUCCUCUUUGACAGGAGGAUCUAGGUUUACAGGACUAUCUUCUGAAAUUUCAAUGAUCUCACAGUCUUUAUCAGAAUUUUCUUCUUCAUUCUUAACAUCUGUAUCUGAAGAUUGACACAAGUCAGUGUGUUGGUUAUUUUUCAUAGAAAGAUCAAUUUCCAAAUACUUUGACAAAGCUUCUGUGCAUUUUUCCACAAUGUGAACCAUCUGAAGGUAACUGGCAGCAGUCAAGUAUUUCAAAAGCUCUUUUCUUUUUACUUCAAGUGCUCCAGUAUAGCAGGACAACAGCAACUUCCUGCCAACUUCUGCACUCUGCAGAAUGGUAAUUCUGAUGUGUUUUGACUGUGUGAGUAAAAACUGAUCUCUCAUAAAAGUGGAGCAAGCAGCCAAAAUCACCUUGUGCCCCUGGAACUCAGUAUCGUUAAUAUAAAUCGAUACAUCACAAAAUAAA